GGUGUGUGUUUCCGGCGUCGGCGGCCGCGGCCGGGGACGGUGUGAGAGCGGUAAGAUGGCGGCGGCGGCGGUGGUGGAGUUCCAGAGAGCCCAGUCUCUACUCAGCACCGACCGGGAGGCCUCCAUCGACAUCCUCCACUCCAUCGUGAAACGUGACAUUCAGGAGAAUGAUGAGGAGGCAGUGCAGGUCAAAGAGCAGAGCAUCCUGGAACUGGGCUCUCUCCUGGCGAAGACUGGACAAGCUGCUGAGCUUGGAGGCCUCCUGAAGUAUGUGCGACCUUUCUUGAAUUCCAUCAGCAAGGCUAAAGCAGCCCGUCUGGUCCGAUCUCUUCUUGAUCUGUUUCUUGAUAUGGAAGCAGCUACAGGGCAGGAGGUCGAGUUGUGUUUAGAAUGCAUCGAGUGGGCCAAAUCAGAGAAAAGAACUUUCUUACGCCAAGCUUUGGAGGCAAGACUGGUGUCUUUGUAUUUUGAUACCAAGAGGUACCAGGAAGCAUUGCAUUUGGGUUCUCAGUUACUGCGGGAGUUAAAAAAGAUGGAUGACAAAGCCCUCCUGGUGGAAGUACAGCUUUUAGAAAGUAAAACGUAUCAUGCUCUGAGCAACCUACCGAAAGCCAGAGCUGCCUUAACCUCUGCUCGAACCACGGCAAAUGCCAUUUACUGCCCCCCUAAAUUGCAGGCCACCUUGGACAUGCAGUCAGGUAUUAUCCAUGCAGCAGAGGAGAAGGACUGGAAAACUGCGUACUCAUAUUUCUAUGAGGCAUUUGAGGGUUAUGAUUCCAUCGAUAGCCCCAAGGCCAUCACAUCUCUGAAGUACAUGUUGCUGUGCAAAAUAAUGCUCAACACCCCAGAGGAUGUCCAGGCUUUGGUGAGCGGGAAGCUUGCACUUCGGUAUGCCGGGAGGCAGACAGAAGCAUUAAAAUGUGUGGCUCAGGCUAGCAAGAACAGAUCACUGGCGGAUUUUGAAAAGGCCCUGACAGAUUACCGGGCUGAGCUCCGGGAUGACCCGAUCAUCAGCACACACUUGGCCAAGUUGUAUGAUAACUUACUGGAACAGAAUCUGAUCCGAGUCAUUGAGCCUUUUUCUCGAGUACAGAUUGAACACAUAUCUAGCCUCAUCAAACUCUCCAAGGCCGACGUGGAAAGGAAAUUAUCACAGAUGAUUCUUGACAAGAAAUUUCAUGGGAUCUUGGACCAGGGGGAGGGUGUCCUGAUUAUUUUCGAUGAACCCCCAGUAGAUAAAACUUAUGAAGCUGCUCUGGAAACAAUUCAGAACAUGAGUAAAGUAGUGGAUUCCCUCUACAACAAAGCCAAGAAACUGACAUAGAGUUGGAUCUGUAGCGGUCCUUUGGAGAGUAUGUGUGGCGGGAGAGUGAAACCUUUGGGGGAAAAUGCUAGGAGAUUUUUUUUUUCUUUUGUUCUACUUUUCGCUCGGAAAGUUUUUAAAUCCUCAUUUGGUGCAUCUGUAUUCCAGUCAAUAGGUGUGCCAGUUUUCAUGUAAUCUUUACUGGCCCAACUUGGGAGCGGGAAAUUGCUUAAAAAAAAAAAGAAAAAGAAAAAAAAAGGUUAUUCUAAAUAAAAGGAAAAAGGCUUACACUA